AUGGUUAAUCUGUCGUAUCAGGGAGCGGUUAACGCGCUGAUCUCAUGGCUGGCACUGGUCCUUCCAGGCGAUGAAGAGGUCGCUGCCGUGAAAUAUCAAGCUCCGUCGCGUGUUCCAGCCUCGUGCCCGGAUUACAAUGACUACUCGCAAACACCUCAUGGACCAUACUCUGACGGCACUUUGGGUCUGCCCAGUAUGCGCCCAGAGCCAGAAUGCCGAACUUUCCACAGUGAAGCGAUGGAGAGAGUCAUCUCAGAUAUGAGAGAGCGAUUGGAAGACCCCGAUCUGGCCAUGUUGUUCGAGAACUCCUUCUCGCAGACUAUCGACACGACCGUGCAAUACUUUGAUGAGGAGAAGAACCUUGCUUUCAUCGUCACUGGGGACAUCACAGCACAGUGGCUUCGUGACACCGGAAACCAAUUCGCCCAUCUGUACCAGCUUCUGCCACAUGACGAGAAACUCCAAGCGCUUGUCAAGGCAGUGAUCAACACAGAGGCUCGAUACAUCCACCAGUUUCCUUACUGUGGAGCGUUCCAACCUCCUCCGGAAUCGGGACUAGCUCCUACCUUCAACGAAUAUGCGUACAAAGUCGAUAUCCACCCUCCGGUUGACAACCAGACAGUCUUCGAGUGCAAGUACGAGCUCGACUCGCUCGCCGGAUUCCUCAAGAUGGCCCACAGGUAUUACAAAUAUACUUCGGACGACUCAUUCAUCAACGACAACUUCAAAGCGGCGAUGCACUCCAUCAUGACUUUGAUCGAGCACGAAUCCUUGCCAACAUGGGAUGAUGAUUUCAACGUGGUCAGCUUUUACAGUUUCACUGGUCUCCCAGGAUCGCCAUCUCCAUCUGUCAAGAAUGACGGAGUCGGAGAGCCUCGUGCUGGAAAUGGUCUCGUCGCGACUCACCACCGACCCUCUGACGAUCUCUGCGUUUACCCUUACAUGACUAGUGACAAUGCCAUGCUAGCCGUGGAGUUGGAGAACAUUGCUCAAGUGCUUGAGGCUACGGGAACCAUGGAACACGUUGCAACCGCCGCCCAGGAACGAGCCAAGACCAUCCGUGAAGCGAUCUGGGCGCACACUAUCACUCCCAGUGGCAUCUUCGCCUACGAGACCGAUGGAUUCGGAUCCAUCUCCAUCAUGUCCGAUGCAAAUGUGCCGGAUCUGGUGUCCCUGCCCUACAUCGGUUUCCUCGACAGGAGUGACGAAACAUACCAGCGUACGAAGGCGGCCAUGUUCUCAAGGCAGAACCCUUACUAUGGGGAAGGAGGCGGAUUCAAAGGCUUCGGAGGACCUCACGCCGGUCUCGCUCAUCCAUGGCCUAUGAGUCUGGUGUCUGGCAUCUACGGCACGGAUGACGACGAAGAAAUCAAAGGCCGUCUUCAGAUGCUUUUGAACAGCACAGCGGGUCUCGGACUGAUCCACGAGAGUGUCAACAUCCAUGACAUGAGCGAUUUCACCAGGCCAUGGUUCGCGUGGGCAAACAGCUACUUUGCGGAAAUGAUCCUCGACCUCGCAGAGCGGAAGCCACACUUGAUCUUUGCGGAUGCUCAACCAUACGUACCGGGAACAUCCUGGAACUGA